AUGCUCAUCAAACUAUCAGGAGCAGGGCUCAUAGCGAUCGAGUGGACUUUAAUCGGCAUAGCUUUCAUGCUUGGCCUCGCUCGCCUCGAUUUACGAUUCCAUCACCAUCAAUCGGGAUUUUUUCUCAGGGAUAUAUUCUACUUUUCCGCUCUUACCGUCGGACUGGUCAAUACCUCCCUUGACACCGCUCUAUGGACCAGCGGAAUUGAGCUAUAUGAGGAAACCAAUGAUACAUGGGCGGGCCCAGAGGAUGUGAUGGUCAGGGCUCUCAAAGUAGUUUUCGUCUCGUACUUGACCUUUUAUCUCCAGUUAUAUCUAACCAAAGCCACGCUGCUUACUCUCUAUUUCGAAAUUUUCGGACAGCGCUCGCGGAAAACCCUGAUCUCGUUAUAUGCCCUCACGGGCUUUUGUAUCAGUGGAUUUAUCAUCACUAUCUUCCUUCUGCUAUUCGGCGAUCCCUUUGGAUCCACCUGGUCUAUGGAUGCCUCACAGCGCGACGAGGAUCGUCAGUUUAAGAAAGAUGUUGUGGCGUGGGCUUUUCAUUUCGUCACAGACCUUGGCAUUUUUAUCCUGCCGAUCGUUUGCAUUAGCCGGCUACAGAUGUCCAGAGCACAAAAGAUCAGCGCAGGGCUUACCUUUGGCCUUGGCUUUAUUAACAUCAGCAUCACCAUAAUAAGGUGGUUCAUCGUCCAUUCGCCGGUCUCCCCACCAAGCACCUACGCCGUUGAUCAGGCUCUUUUCAUGACAGACGCGCAUACCUGUCUCAUAAUUUCCAUCCUACCAUCACUCCGACUCUACUUGAGGAUAUUCCGAGCCGAAAAGACCACGUCACGCGCUAAGGGCACUGAAUCCCGGUCGCACGCCCGAAAAGAACCCUCGACAUAUCAGGAGACAUCACAUCCUCACACAAAUGGGUGA